GAAGACCAUUUUGGUGCCCUUUUAAGUGGAAGUGGCCAAAAAGAGAUUUAAAAAGAAAAAAUAAAACGUACGAAGUGAAAUUAACACCAAAAAAAUGUCCUCAUUAUAAGGAGCCCAUUAUGUGCUGUGAAAUAAUGGAAGGGAUACCACAUAAAAAAAAAAUUACCCCUCCUGAACUGGAGAAAGUAAAAACUCAUGAAGAGAAAAAGAAAAAAGAAGUAGUAACAGAGAAAAUUGACAUCUAUUACUUCGACCAUGGGAACUCUGCAUAUUAUCGAACAACGGAUUCACCGCCCGUAUUACUAACCGAGAAAUGUGCCGAAAAAACCGAUCAAGCAGCGAUUCGUUUUUGGGCCGAAAUAUUUGGGACUAUUCAUAUCGGCACUGCUUUCAUCACAGCAUUUAUUUUACAAUUAAUUCGAUUUAUACUUUACAGUAUAAUCAGACCAUUGACAGUGGGCAUUUUGCAAUUGUUUGCGGACUAUUUUAUAAAACCCCUAUUGUCAAUUGUGUUCAAUGCCCUCAUACAGCCUAUAUUGAUAUUGUUAUACAAUAUCGCAACAUCUUUCAAGGAUCUUUGUGAACCUAUCGCAGAAGCGAUAGGAUUGUUCCUACGAGAAAUCGCUCACGUGUGUGCGGCAAUUCGGAUCGUCGAAGUGAAACAGGGUACCGCUCCCUCGGUUGCUUGCACUUGAUGAUUGAAUGGAAGAAGAGAGCAAUUCUGAAUGACGAAUAUGAAAUAUAGUUUGUUUUAAGGGGACAAGGUACAAAAACUCAUAAUAUUUUGCGAUUCGUAAAAAAAUAGCACCAUGUAAGUGUUCGACUUAAGUUACUUCAAAAUAACCGUUUCCAAGUUAUUUCAACCUCACACUCCUAUCUUGUUGUACUAUAUAUCUGUUUUAUUGUUCAAGGUUCAAUAGAAGGUGAAAGAAAGAACAAGAAUUUAUUACAUCUACGUGAUUGAUUUUGUCUUGAUUUUGAAUUAUGAAAAAAACUGAAGUAAAAACUGAAUUAUGAUUGAAAUAGAGUGAAUCAGUUUUAACCCUUUAAGAUCUAAGUAUGUUAACAGUAAGUACAGGCCCUUUACUAGAUAUCCAGUUAUAUUUAGAAUAAUCCACGAGGCCAUUGUUUUUAUAACAUAUUUAUUUCACUGAAUAUAUACGACUUCAAAAUACUAGGUCUCAAAGGGUUAAGAAGUAACUAAACUCUUCUAUACGAUAUACUUAUAAAAAGAACUUAAUGUAAAGUGUGCGUAUGAAAAGUAUCUUUCUUUUACUAAAUCACAAACUUUUAUCCGUUGUUCUUCUGUAGAUGAUGAUAAAUUAUCUCGAUCAUCAAUUUGAAAAGGCAUUGUCCCAAGGAUAGAAUGAUGUGAACUGAAGAAAAUUUGAAAAUAGCUCGGUAAUAGCUGUUCAAGUUUUAACGAAUAUAACACAUGCCUUAACACCAGGUAUAUAUUUGGUAUUAUUUAAACUUUACAAUAUUAUUAUCAGUUUCAUUCAUUUUGUUAUUUUUUGUUUUUUUUUUCUUUUUUCUUUUUGUUUUUACAGAACAAAUUAUCCUCUUAUAGCAACUAACUUCGUCAAUAAUGAUCAAUAAUCAUCCUUCGUCUCUUUCGUAUAUCUUACUGUUUAAUAAAUUAUGUACAAUCUCACAAACAACAAACGGAGGAACCUAAUUACAUCAUGUAGUUGUUCACACUUCGCUAUGUACAG